AACGCCCGCGCUUCUGGUUGCGGCGCUGGUCAUAGUUCCUCAUGUCGGGGCUAUGGACGCGGAGUCGCUCUAUGCAUCGUUUCUGGCGGAAGUGGGCCAGGCAAACGACUCCAAGUGUGGCAGCUCGCCAAAGAGAGCACGGGUUCAUCAGGAGUCAGAGAGGCCAACGGCGGCUGAUACUUUGCGGAAGGCAGCCUUUCACGGACAGCUCUCGCAAGUGCGACAAUUGCUCCAAGGCCUGGACUGCGUGGAGCGGCUGCUUCUCAUCGAUGCAGCAGAGGCAGAUGGCCUCACGGCGCUUCACCUGGCAGCCAUCGCAGGUCAUGAGGCAGUGUGCCGAGCGCUGCUUGACGGCCGUGCCGAUGUGGACGCACACAGCAAAACACGCGACACAGCUCUGAUGUGGGCAGCGCACCAAGGUCGUGGCUCCUUGUGCCGGCUGCUGCUGAGCCACGGCGCAGACACCACGUUGAAAAACUGUUCUGGGCAGACGGCAGCAUCGUGGCUGCACUUACAGAGUUGGCAUUACAUCCACACCCGUGCCUAA